UAUGGCAGAGGGCCGGGAUGGGGGCCAUUGCCGAGGGCAGUGAAUGGUGGAAGUCGGGUAUAAAAGGUAGACAGGCUGCAGUCGGGACGGUAGCUGGUUCAGCAGCAGCACUGGUUGGGUCGUUCUCUCCGAGACGCAGACAAAACACCUAAGAAGCCAUCAUGUGUGACGACGAAGAGACUACCGCCCUUGUGUGCGACAACGGCUCCGGCCUGGUGAAGGCUGGCUUCGCCGGAGACGAUGCCCCCAGGGCCGUGUUCCCAUCCAUCGUUGGCCGCCCCCGUCACCAGGGUGUCAUGGUCGGUAUGGGUCAGAAGGACUCCUACGUCGGCGACGAGGCCCAGAGCAAGAGGGGUAUCCUGACUCUGAAGUACCCCAUUGAGCACGGCAUCAUCACCAACUGGGACGACAUGGAGAAGAUC